AUGGAAAACAACACACCGCUACGGCGGAAAGAUACGACAAAAGGCCCGCCUCUAAGAGUGUUGUCGUUAGACGGUGGUGGCGUACGGGGUUACUCUAUGCUUAUUUUGCUACAAGAGUUGAUGUACCGAACCUAUGUCGAAUGUGAAGGACAUGCGCCGCGGCGAGACCAAAUCCCGAAACCAUGCGACUAUUUCGAUCUGAUUGUCGGUACAGGAACCGGUGGAUUGAUUGCUAUCAUGCUGGGCCGACUGCGACUAGAUUUGGAAACGUGUAAAGAGGUAUACGUUCGCAUGACUAAGAAAGUUUUCGAAACCGAUAAGACGAUAGCGGGGAUACCCUAUCGGUCGACGCUUUUUAAGGCAUCAAGGCUUGAAGAGGCUAUUAGGCAAUGUGUUCGUCAGCAUACAGUCUAUGAAUCGGAAGGAAAUGACAGUACUCUCGAGCUUGCAAGUCCGAUGCAGGGUGUGCCUCAGCGCAGUCUGAGUCGCUCAAGCUUCAGCUCGACCAAUACGUCACGCGCGCCACCGUCACCAACAAGUCAAAGGAAUUCGAUUUCUUUCGCUGGAUACGGGUUUAGAUUUGGGAAUCCAGACGCCGCCCUCUAUGACAAUCGAGAGUUCCGCACCAAAACUGCUGUGACCGCCGUGUACAAAGGCUCAAGACCAGGCACGCCGCCAGUUUUGCUACGCUCCUAUGAUUCCAGAAGAGAGCCGCCUCCCGAAUUCGAAUGCACGAUCUGGCAGGCCGGUCGCGCUACUUCAGCCACAGGUCUCGCUUUCAAACCUAUUCAAAUCGGUCAAUAUGUGUUCAUUGACGAAGGUGCUGGCACAUUCAACCCCGCUCCUCAAGCCCUUGACGAAGCCGUUGUAAAUGAGUGGCCCGGCCGAGAACUCGGUGUCUUUGUCAGUGUUGGCACUGGAAAGCGCCCAUCGGGAACAAACCAUCAGCAACAUGAGUGGUGGGAAGGAUUUUUUGGUGACGCUCUAGGAACCUUUGCCGAAGCUCGACGACGACUUAUUUCGAAAAUCGAGGGGUGUGAGGAUAUCCAUCAGAAGAUGCUUUCGGAACAUCUGGCAAAGCGUAACGUGAAGAAAGAGAACUAUUACCGAUUGAACGUCGAAGUUGGGGUUGGUGAAUUUGGGAUGAACGAAUGGAAUCGUCUUGUUGAUAUCAGCACAAACACACGUCGAUACCUCUCAAAACCGGAUGUACAGCAAAUGACAUUGGAUGCUGCAUCGAAGUUGGCAAGGAUUGAAAGGAUGCAUCGCCGUCUAGCAUCGCGCUCGGGAGCAGGGUCUACGUUGGCUGAUCCGCAACAGUCAGCGCCUCCCGCUUCGGUCGUUGUGGCCCCUCCUCCGCCUUCUAACCCCAUGGCGAUUGAACUGCCCGCGGACGAGAUUCCUGCAGGACAUCGAAUGAAUAUCCCCGCCAAUACCCCUCCUCGGGUAUUGGAUGAGAAGAUUGUUAUCAUGGGUCCCGAUGAUUUAGAACACCAGAACCACCUCGUAUCGCCCACGGAUGUGAAUGCUCCACGCCGAUCUGGUGAGCACCUACCCAGCGCGUCCUCUGGCUCACCGCGGCGUAGUGGCGAAUUGGAACAGAGCCAUGUACCUCCGCCACUCCCACCAAAAACGCCGAUUCCGUAUCCUGAUGACGGGGGCAGUACUGGAAUUACAAUGCCUCUUCCUGGAGCACCCCCUCGACCUUUACAGGCUCCUGUGGGAGGAUACCGGCCGCCGUAUCCAGUCGACGGGCCUCCAGUGGUUGAUAAGUUACGGAAGCCGACGUAUAACGUGCGAUGA